AUAGCAAAGCUAAACCAAACUCUUCUCUCCUACUCUAAUGGACAGCCUAGAGAGCUCAACACCAAACCAAAAAGAAACUUUCCAUGAAAACAAAGAGAGUAGUUGUCUUAGUACUAGCGUGAUCAAGGUUCCGAAAAAGGCAAAGAUUAAUGGAAGGAGAUUCCUAGGCGUGAGACAAAGGCCAUCAGGAAGGUGGGUGGCUGAGAUCAAGGACUCAUCACAGAAUCUGAGACUAUGGCUAGGAACUUUUGAUAGAGCAGAAGAGGCUGCAUUGGCUUAUGAUAAGGCUGCAAGGGUUUUGAGAGGAAGGAAUGCAAAGACCAACUUCCCAUCAUCUCAUCAGCAGCAUGGAAUGGACUUCAUGAAUAUACAUGAAGAAAACUGCAACAUAUUGAGGAAGAAUCCGCGGCUUUAUCAGUUGCUUCAGCACGCGAUCAUGAAGAACCAUGCAGCAAUUUCAAGGUCUUCAUCAUCAUCGAGGAUCAUAGGAUCAAAGGAGGCUCAAUCUGAUUCAAACGAUAAGUACUUUGAUACACUUGUUGAAGAAACUAUAGUGUGCUCUUCAUCAUCAACAAGUACUGCUUGUGAUGUUGGAGAUUAUGAUGAUUACCAUUGCGCACUUCCAUUUGGUACUUCUAAGGUUUAUUCUUCUGUUGUCGUUGCUCCUUCUUUCAGUGCUACUUCAUGAUGAUCAAUGUGAAGAAAAAGGUUAUCAAGAGGGCUCCAUAGACGAUCACUUCGAUCAUCAUUAAGUUGCUUUGUGGUGAAUCCUAGCAUGUUUUUAGAUCAAAGAUGAGAAUAAUAGUCGUGUAGUAGGUCCUUGUGAUUAAUUAUGUUUUUUUUUUCUUUUCUACUUUUGAAAAUAAUUACUAAAUUAUUGUGUGUAUUUUGGUUCUGUGUCAUUAACU